GGGGAAAGAGGAAAAGGAAGAGGGCAGAGCGCACGGACCGCGUCCCGCUCCCAGCAUGUUCCAGUGGUGAGUGCCGGAGGUGGGGAAAGGGGGGCGGCCGUCCCACGGCCCCAGAGGGUCGCUCCGUGCCGGGGACGCAGCCGGGGGGUUCAGCUCUCCGUAUCCCAGCGCUGCGCUCCUGUCGCACCGAGGGGACACGUCGGUGGCACCGCGGGUUGGGGACGGAGAGUUGGGGACGCGGAGUCGGGGGGACGGCGCGUGGUGAACAACGGGUCGGGGAUCCGCUCGGCUGCUUUUGGAGGGCUUCGGGGUUUCUCCACCCGACUGCGCCGCUCCGGCCGUUGGCAGCGCCAACAGAAGGGCUCUGUGCUGCUGCCGCUGCCCCUUCGCCUCUAAUUGAGGGGCCGGGAAAAGCCAAACAGAGCGAACCUCGGGUGGUUAAAGGGGUUUUCAUGCGGCUCAACGGUGGCAGUGUGGCCCGACGGGGACGGAGAGCCCCGAGCGCUCGGGGUCCGCAGCAUCGCCGCCCAUAGGGCGACCUCCCCGCGUCCCGGUCUGACCGCACACCGCUGCGGUGCGGCCAUCUCACAGCGAUGCUUUGAGCUUUUCCUGGGGGAGAAAAGGGAAAAUUGGAGGAGUGCACCCAAAGCCCUCAGUGUGCCCUCGAUGGCACCGACACCUGCGGUCACAGUGCAGCGGGGCCGGUUGGGGCCGGUGAGAGCCCGACCAGGGCGGGUGGCGGUGCCCAGGGACACGGUGAUGGUGCUGGGGAUGUGGUGUGGAUAUGAGCGGGGCUCUGGGGCUGGGCACAGCAAUUCCCAUGCCGCGGUGGACCCCAAACGCUGCCUCACCAUUGCCUUCAGCAAAUCAGAGGGUCUGGGGUCUUGGGAGAGCAGGAUGGGGUCUUGACCCCAUAACGUGAUUCCCACCUCAGGAAACCAAAGGGCAGAAGGGCUGGAGGUCAGGAAAGCCCAGCAUAUGGUUGUUAAUCUUUGGCCCUGUGAAAUGCUGGGCUCAGAGUGGGAAUCGCCCUCGGCCGUGGCUCAGGGUCCACACGUCCCCAUCACUUUCCCAGGCCAGGAUCAGUGCAGUGGGGUUACUCUGAGAGGAGCCCAGGUGCUGUGGGGCAGCUGAUGGGGAGAGGUUCUGACCCUGCGGUCCUGCUGAGGUUAAACUGCUGCCACAUUGGAAGCAAAGGGUUUCUGAGAACAACCUUUGAGUGCGGAUCACAGAGGGUUAAAGGCAGUGGGAUGGAAUUGGGGCUGUUCCCUCAUCAGUCUCAGGUGAGUGCCCGCAUAUAAAACUAAAUGGGAACUCCCCAUUUGCCGGUAAUUGCUCAUUUCCAUGUGUGUUCUCACAGUCCCUAAUGGCAUUCAUGCUUUUCUCAUAUAAAUAUGAGGCUGAAAACGUUCCUUGUGCUGAAGGGCAAAGCCAGAGCCAGGAGACCCCAGCUCCAGUUUGAGGUCCUUCGGCAGAUGAGCCUCCCACCGCCGGUUUCCUCUCCUCACCUCCCAUCUCGUCCCUGUAGGAGGAAGACCAUCUACAAAACAGUCUGCCUGUCCUUCCUGCUGGUGAUCACGGUGACGGUGCUGCAGCGGGGAAUGGCCCCCAGCCAGUUCCUGCAGGGCCAGCAGCAGAAGGAACUGCCUACACCAGAGCCCCUAAAGACACAGAAGAGAGACAACUCCUUCUCCAUCACCAGCAACUUCUGGAAAAGCAAAAAGGAAAAAGCUCCAAGCAAGGAAGAGGAGGGAGGCAUGACGGAGAGGCAGGUAAAAUCGUGGGAUAUCACCACUACCAACUGCUCAGCCAACCAGAACCUGAGCCGGGUGGACUGGUUCAAAGGGCUGGAGCCCAACUUCCAGCAGUUCCUGCUCUACCGGCACUGCCGCUACUUCCCCAUGCUGAUCAACCACCCCGAGAAGUGCAGCGGGGACGUCUACCUGCUCAUCGUGGUCAAGUCCAUCAUCACGCAGCACGACCGCCGCGAGGCCAUCCGGAGGACGUGGGGCAAAGAGAAGGAGGUGGAGGGCAAGAAGAUCAGGACGCUCUUCCUAUUGGGCACGGCCUCCAAGGAGGAGGAGAGAGCCAACUACCAGAAGCUGCUGGAUUACGAGAACCACAUCUAUGGGGACAUCUUGCAGUGGGAUUUCCUGGACAGCUUCUUCAAUCUCACGCUCAAAGAGGUCCACUUCUUGAAGUGGUUGAACAUCUACUGCGACAACAUUCGCUUCAUCUUCAAAGGCGACGACGACGUAUUUGUGAGUCCCGACAACAUCCUGGAGUUCCUGGAGGACAAGAAGGAGGGAGAGGACGUCUUUGUGGGGGACGUCCUCUACAAAGCCAGACCGAUCCGGAAGAAGGAGAACAAGUACUACAUCCCCAGUGCUCUCUACAACAAAAGCAUCUACCCGCCCUAUGCAGGUGGUGGAGGCUUCGUCAUGGAUGGACCAUUGGCCAAGAGGCUGCACAAGGCCUCCGAGACGCUGGAGCUGUACCCCAUUGACGACGUCUUCCUAGGGAUGUGCUUGGAGGUCCUCAAGGUAUCACCCGUUGGGCACGAGGGCUUCAAGACGUUUGGCAUCGUGAGGAACAAGAACAGCAAGAUGAACAAGGAGCCGUGUUUUUUCCGGAGUAUGUUGGUGGUUCAUAAACUGUUGCCUCCAGAUUUGAUCCAAAUGUGGGACUUGGUGCACAGUAACUUGACGUGCUCGAGAAAACUCAAUGUCCUUUAGCUCAUUCUCUCUGGAGAGCUGGGACUGAGCGGGGACACAACGAGUGGGACGCAACGAGCCUCUGCUUGUGGAAUGGGCAAGGCUUGUGAUGGCGGUUAUUUCUGUACUGUAAUGUGGUUCGCCUAUCUCCAGCUGGGUUGGGGGUUGCUGAAAAUGAAGAAAGAAAAAAAGAAAAAAGAGAAACCCUAGCACAGAGUGGGAAGGGAGAGGAAGAGAGGGAAGAGAGGUCUGUGCCCUGCAAUAGGUACCACCUCCAGGUGGGGCUGGGGGAGGCAGGAGGGGAUUUGUGCUGGAUAUUUAGGGUCUGGCUACCCAGGAAAACUGCUCCAAGGGGGUCAGUAGUCUAUGUGCACAUGAACACUGCUCAGAAGCAAAGGGGAUUGUUAUCUGUUCCUGACAUGCCUCCUCCGUGGUGUGUCAUCUGGGGGGACACAGUGUGGGCACAUCCUGCUAUGGCCAUGUGCAGGGCUGCACACCCACGUGUCCCUGCAUGCUGUGGACGCGCACAGCCCUGAACACACGGCAAAAUGAGCACACGUGUGUAUGAGCACACGUGUGUGCUCGCUCUCUUCUCUCUCUCUCUCUCUCUCUCCUUCUCUGGUGCCAGACAUUGAAAGGAAAAAAUUUCUACUACCUCAAAGGUCCCCCUGUGCAGUGCCUUUUUUUUUUCCCCCCUCCUUUUCUUAAUGUGUGUUGGAAAAGUGCCGGUUUUAUUCACUCCAAGUCUGUAUGUUCCCCAGGUAAGAAAACAAACAAGAAGGGGUGUACAGCAGCCAAAGGAGGCACUGCGGUGCCAAGCCGCACCACUUCUCCUCUGCAAAUGCCCCUGGUCUGCUGGGGUGAGCUGCAGAUUUGAAGGGGAAAAAAGAGAAAGAGCCCAUUUGUGCCCCGGGUUUGGCUGCUGGUGGCGGCGCUGGGGGCUUAAACGGUGAUGUUUGGUGAUGUGCCACUUAGGGUGACAUUGGCUUAUGAUGCGCCCAAAGGAGCCGCAGCCCUGGGUACCUGCAGGGCAGAGCCCGAGGGCACCAUUGGGCUCUGUUCCCCACCCUCCGGUGGGUCCACCCGGGGUACUUCCUGAGGUGGCAGCUCUGUCAUCCGUGUUGGGUACGGCUGUGCGCUCAUCCCAUCCAUGGCGCCGUGCCCAGAGCCGCGUGCAGAGAUCUGUCAGUGCUGCUCUUCACCUGGAGGGGAACAGAGGAACCGCGUGGAUUCGGUGCAUAUUUUAGUUUCUGAAAUAAAGGUUAAAAGAAGGAA